GCGUAAACUUAUACACAUCUACAAUAUGUUUACUUUCACAAAAAUGAAAAUACUGAAAACUUUUGGAAAAUAAAGAUCUGUUUUGUGUUACGUAUUCAUAGUUCAUAGUAUUGGCUUGUGGGCAUUUAUUUUCACUAUUAUUAUGCCUUGUGUGUGACAGAAUCGUAUUUAUAAAAGUGUGUGUAUUGUAUUCAAAAUUUAAUAGAGUUUAAUAUUAUGCAGUCCAUGGCAGACAAAAGAUUGAAGUUGAAUAAUGGAAAAGAAGAAGGUGAACCAAGCGAAUCACUGUCAAGAAAAUUAACUAGCAGCCCAACUUUCCCAUAUUCUUUGCCGGAUGAUGUAGACGUUGUAUGGAAUUGGUAUUCUCCAACGUCUCAACCUCAAUAUUUCAAACCAAAAGUGAAAGUUCAACAAUCUCCUAAAAUAUUAGUGAAACGGCAUCCGUCUCGCGAACAAAUAACUGCGUUUAAUAAACUGGUAGAAGAAUUAAAGACCUUCACAAAUCCUAACACAGUUCAAGAAGAAUUAGAUAGGGACUAUGCCGAUGUUUUUGAUGACUCUCUCGAUGAGGAAUUACUUAUAAUUAGUCAAAAAGUAGAACAGAGUGUUUCACAAAAAGUUCCAGCACAUUCUGAUAUUUCAAACGAUUCGCUUGGAAAUGAUUCCUUCGAUUGUGCACUUGCGUCAAUCAAAGAUGAAGACUUAAAUUUACAAAAGGAACAAAAGACUAGCAAGACUCAAUUGACAACUUCCCUUAAAGAGGACCAGCCCAUAAAAUGUUCUGCUGAAGAAAUAGAACAGAAAAGGUUACAGGCUUUAGCAAGGCUAGAAGCAAAGAAAAUGCAAAAUAAUAUCGAACGAAAUAGACAAGAAGCACUUAAAAGGUUAGCAUUAACUAGGAAACGGAAGUUAUUACAAUAGUGAUUAUUAUGUUGAAAAUAAAUUAUUUAUAUUUAA